UUAUGGGGGAAGAAAACAGACGGCGUUGGCGGCAGCUCGCACACGAUGAAGAGGCGGCUUUGCUGUCAGUGAGGUACCGGCUGGCGGCCAGGCUGUGAGCGCGGGCGGAGAAUGGGGGACGGCGGGCAGGACAUGAACGGAAACCCGCUGGGAUGCGAGCCCCACGAUGGAGACCAGGAGCUGGAGCGGGCGCUGUACCAGUGGCUACUCUGGGACCAGAACCCCAAGACAAAAGCGGAGAUUGAGAAGCUGCAGCAUGAUGGGAAGAAGAAAGAGCUGCGAGAUCGCCUAUGUUACAGAAUGACGUUUGGCACUGCGGGGCUGCGAUCGGCAAUGGGUGCAGGCUUUUCUUGCAUCAAUGACCUGACAAUCAUACAGUCCACACAGGGAUUAUUGAAGUAUCUGGAGAAGUGCUUCUCAGACCUGAAACAGAGGGGCGUUGUGAUUGGAUAUGAUACUCGAGGACAAGAGAAGAGCAGGUGUAGCAGUAUGAGACUUGCCCAGCUGACAGCUGCUGUGUUUCUCAGUCAGGACGUACCUGUGUAUUUAUUUUCUACGUAUGUGCCAACACCAUUUGUGCCCUAUGCUGUGAGGCAGCUUCAUGUUACAGCUGGGGUGAUGAUUACUGCAUCGCAUAACCCCAAACAAGACAAUGGAUACAAGGUUUAUUGGGAAAAUGGAGCUCAGAUUGGUUCCCCUCAUGAUAAGAAAAUUUUACAGUGUAUUGAAGAAAGCUUGGAACCUUGGCAGGAGUCAUGGAAUGAGAACUUGUCAAACAUCAGCCCGUUGCGGCAGGACCCUCUGAAUGAAAUCUGUGCACUUUACAUGGAGGAUCUGAAAAAAUUGUGUUUUCACAGGGAGCUUAACAGCAAGACACCUCUCAAGUUUGUGCACACUUCCUUCCAUGGAGUUGGCCAUGAGUAUGUACAGGCAGCGUUCAAGGCAUUUGGCUUCAUUCCUCCCAUACCUGUUCCAGAACAGAAGGAUCCAGAUCCUGAGUUUUCCACUGUCAAGUGCCCCAAUCCAGAGGAGGGAGAAUGUGUGCUGGUUCUUGCAAUCAAACUGGCAGAGAAAGAAGGGGCUCGGAUCGUGUUGGCUACAGAUCCUGAUGCAGACAGACUGGCUGUGGCGGAGCAGCAAGAGGAUGGCAUGUGGAAGGUUUUCUCUGGCAAUGAGCUGGGGGCUCUCCUCGGCUGGUGGAUGUUUCACUGUUGGAGGAGUGAGCAUCUGGAUCCAGGUGAUGUGAAGAACGUGUACAUGCUGGCCACCACUGUCUCUUCCAAAAUCCUACGGGCCCUUGCCAUUAACGAAGGCUUCCACUUCGAGGAAACUUUGCCAGGGUUCAAGUGGAUUGGAAACAGGAUCGAUGAACUGCUGCACAGUGGAAAGGAGGUGUUGUUUGCAUUUGAAGAAUCCAUUGGGUUUAUGUGUGGCACCCUAACGCUUGAUAAGGACGGGGUGAGCGCGGCAGUAAUCGUGGCAGAAAUGGCAGCAUAUCUGGAAACCACAAGCCUCACGUUAGUCGAGCAGUUGAAAAAUAUUUACAGAACGUAUGGUUAUCACAUCUCAAGGACAUCUUAUUUUAAAUGCUACGACCCUUCUACAAUUAAGAGAAUUUUCGAUCGGCUUCGGACAUAUGAGACAGAAAAUCAAUAUCCUCGUUUCUGUGGCCCAUUUGAGAUUUUGCACAUAAGGGAUGUAACCACAGGAUUUGAUAGCAGUCAGCCAAAUAAAAAGUCGGUGCUGCCGGUCAGUAAAAACAGCCAGAUGAUUACCUUCACCUUCCUGAAUGGUUGUGUGGCCACACUCCGGGUCAGUGGCACAGAGCCCAAAAUCAAAUAUUACGCUGAGAUCUGUACAAUCCCAGGACACAGUGACACAGACCACCUGGAAGAAGAGCUCAACAAACUGAUUGAUGCAUUAGUCAGAAACUUCCUCGAACCAGAGAAGAAUGGGCUGAUUGCACGCAUCUAAAAUGUGUCCAUCACAGUGAGAGUGUGACUGGUGUUGGACUGAUAAAGAGAAUGAGCGUGGGAAAUGCCACCAGACCUAUUUGCAACAGAAGGAACGAUGUUGAAGGUGUUCCCUGCUUGACAGCUCUAUAGCAUAUUACCGGACUUGCAGUGUUUUCAGAAAAUAAGCCCGCUUUGAUCCAGAGAUGAUGUCUAGCCCAUUUUGUAGCAGUCCUCGUUGUUCUCUGGUCUCGUCUACUUGGUGUUGUGUGUUCAUUUUCUGGAUGCAGUUGAAUUUGUCCACAACAAAUAAUAGCAAAUAGAAGCCAGUCCCCACUGAUACCCAGAGCACAGCCUCUUACCAUCAUCGUUAAAAGGUAUGGAGACUCAGUCAGCAAGUGUCAGGGGUGUACUCAGUGCUCAACCAUUACCUGAGUGUGCUGUAUAGAUGUGUAGACGAUCCAGCUGUCACUGAUCAAAGUCACACAAUGCUACUUUUCAAUGUAUUUCUACACAGGGAGGAUUUUAAAAAAACCUGUUUUGUAUCUCCCAGGAGAUCCACAAGAGAGUCUUCAGAUGCCGAGAGAUUUUUAACAACACACAGAAGAUGCUGGAGGAGCACAGCAUCUUUGGAGGGGAAUAAACAGCAGACGUUUCAGGAUAAGACCCUUCAUGAAUACUGCCUGAUUUGCAGAGUUCUUCCAGCAUUUUUGUGUGGGUUUUGUAUCCCUUUCUGCUUAAAAUUUCACUGCUCCUUUUUAUGAAUUUGCACAAGCAAUUCAUCCCUUAAUCUAAAAGCAACAGGCACAUUUGUUUAAGAUGUUGUUACUACCCUAUUUGCCAGUUCUAGUGGGGGUUUUUUGCAGAAGGUAAUAGGGACAGUAGCUAAUUCAGCAGCCUUUCCUUCUGGGAGGUCACUGGCCUGCCGGUGAAUCUGCAAAGUAAAACAGAAUAUUUCUUCAUCUGGGCUGGCAUAAACCAUCUUCAGUGCAAGGUGCAAAAUGCACAAAAUGUUGGAGGAACUCAGCGGGUCAGGCAGCAUCUGUAGAGAGGAAUAAAAAGUCAAUACUUUGAGACUAGUUUAGACCCAAAACAUCAACUGUUUAUUCCUCUCCGUAGAUGCUGCCUGACCUGCUGAGUUCCCUCAGCAUUUUGUGUGUGUUGCUCUGGAUUUCCAGUAUCUGCAGAAUUUAUUGUGUUCAUUCAGUGCAGGGUAAGUGCUACUGGUGAUGCCACAGGUUUAUGACCCUUGUCCCAGUCGGAAUGGCUUAUGCACAGCAGACAGUCUCUCCCCUGGACAUAGACUUCCUUACACAUUGGUGUUGGAUCAGGAGAAGCCUCCCAGCCAAGCUUCAUGUAUUACAAUUAUUGGGUAUGGCCUGGAAUAUAUUAAAAUACUUUAUUGCAUGAACUGUAGUAUUGAGAGAGGGAGCCAUUGCUUGAGGACGGCUGUUUUCUAUAGCUGCCCCUUGCUAUGAGAUGGCAUAUGUCUGUCCUUCCGAGUGGACAUAUUGUGCCCAGGUUAUCGUUAACUGUUCUGUAUCUGUGUUGGGACUGCAUGUAUCUGUAUCUGUGUGAUAGACUAUAGAACACAGAACGGUACAGUACAGACCUUCAGCAUACAACCUUUUAACCUUCUCCAAGAUCAAUCUAACCCUUCCCUCCCACAUAGCCUUCCAUUUUUCUAUCAUCCAUGUGCCUUUUGAAUGUCCAUAAUAUAUCUGCCUCUACCACCAUCCUUGGCAGGGUGUUCCACACACCCACCACUCUGUGUGUAAAACAAAAUCCACCUCUUGACAUCCCCCCCUUAACUUACCUUCAAUCACCUGAAAAUUCUGCCGUCUCAUAUGAGCAAUAUGAUAAUGUGGGGUGGGGUGUACAUUGCAGUGUUACCGCAGACAGGAGUAGCUGCUACAGAGAGUGUAGAGUACCGGGGAAAUACUGACUCUUUGUUGUAAUCAUACCUGUCUCUCUUUGAUAUCUUGGGCUGAAGCAUUUUGCCAAAGGCUUGAGAGGGCUUAUUUAUUUAAUUUAAUUCAUUGCAUGUGCAUUUGGUUAAACUAGAAGUCUUAUUUUACACUUAAAAGUUUUUAUUUUAGUAUUUGCAAAAUGGAGCUUUGAUUUUUUAAAUCUUUAAUUUUAUUUAUUGAUAUUCCGAGAGCAGAGCCUAUGUACCUGAGCUAUGUAGCCCAGCUAUUGUAGCUGUGGUUGCUGGUCUGUGCUAUGCUGUGUGAGCUGACUGCAGGCAGAAUAGCUAUCGCAGUUUGUUUCUUCCCAGGUGCUGACUGACUUGUGAGCAUUUCCAGCACUUUUCAUUUAUAUUGCAGCAUCCACUAUAUUUUUUUUUUAUUUCCACAGUUGCUUUUCAGCUCCAGGUUAAGAAAGGAAAUGUCAUCUUGUAUUCUUCUUCUUCAACCCAUCACCCCUACUAGGAUUGUAGACCACUAACAGCAGCUUGCUGGAGUCCUCUGGCCUGGGCCGAUAGAAGGUUGAUUGAUCCUAUGGCUUCUGCUUUCACCACACAACUUCAAAUGUUUUCUGGGCAAGAUCCUUCCUCUCCCAGGGAUGAGGCCUUUGCAUCUUCUGUAGCUACAGGUUUUUAUGGGAUGGAGUUGCCAGCCCCCAUGCCCAGUCCUCCUCCUUUCGCAGCUGGCCUUUGGACCAUCCAUGACAGAGUAUCACCUUGCAUGUCCCAAAGUAAUUUCUAAUCGAAACUGGACGAUUGUAUUUGCACAGGCGUUGGCCAUGCAGCACCCUGCAGUUGCGAAGCUGCUGAUGUUGGUUGUCUGUUCUCAGCCAGGGACAUGGUACAGUGGAAAUGGCCUUGCAAAGGAGAUGGUGUCACAGGGACACUGGCUGGAGGGCAUGGAGAUAAUUGGGGAGCUCCUACAAAAAGCUGGCAGUCAAGUAAAGCUCUUAAACAUCACAAUAUGUAGAAUGCUGGUCAGAGUCGUCAUAUGGAAAGGAGCUCCCCCUAGAGCUCCAGUGGUAAAGCCAAAACAAAACUGCUCUCAAACUCCACAAUGUUCCAAAACAGACAAAUUUCCUUAAAAAGGCCUUAUUGGGGAGCUUGCUAUUAUCUUCGAACCUGUCGGUCACAUCAGGUAACAUGACAGAAUUCUCUUUUUUAAAAUUGGCACCUUGGCAGCAACAGUUUCCUGAAAUACAUCCACCCACACUAAGAGGCCCAGUUCCCCAGUGAUUACAAACCUCUGUUAUGCCUCUUGAUACUGGGGUUCUCAGAAAUGUGGCCCAAGGCCUUGUUGGUCUUCCAGCAGUGUCGUCUGCAGGAGAUGCUUCCUUACUGGAGCAACUUAUCAGCUGUUGGAAGAAUUUUUCAGGUAGUGUCUGUGAAGGCUAAUGAGCAGUCAACAGAUGAAAGCUCGAGGCUGUUCAUCUAGAUCACAUGAAAGGUCUUCACCCAAAAUAUCAGCUGCUCAUUUCCCUUCACAGAUACUGCCUGACCUGCUGAGUUCCUCCUGCAUCUUGUUUUUCUUUUUGCCUAUGACCCUAUAUCCAAUCACUUGAAUUAAGGUAAUUUUUAAAUUGGCUUAGUCUGGCCUCCUAGUGCUAAGGUCCUUCCCAAUUCUCCACCUCUCCAAUCUCUUGCAAGAGUCUCACGUCACAUCCAUAUUUCUAUCACUCACUAUACCUUUUCUAAAACAUUUCAAACUCUUGUGUGUAGUGAUGGCAUCUUCCAGGUUAACGCACAAAAAAGGGAAAAACCUAUAGAAAUCGUGUGUUAAUUUCAUCAUUACUGCAAAAGUUAAAGUUAAUUGUCAUUCCACCAUGCAUAUGGAUAGAGCUAAAGAAAACAAUGUUCAAAACACACAUACACAGCACAUAUAGUUACAAUUAGAUUUCCAAUUGGCUCUUGAGCAUAAAACUCCAUUAUUAAUACAGCUCAAUAAAUAUAAAUCAGGAUUCAUACAUUUUUGAGUUGUAGUAAAGUAUUUGCAAUAUCUGGCAAAAAAAAAUCAGCAAAUUAAAAAUAACUUAAAAAAAAACACAACAAGGGCUUCUGGCUGGGCCCUAGCCUUUGACCUAGGGACCAGCUGUCUGGCUUCUCUCCCCAGGUUUGAUCCCUGAUCUCAGUAUUAUUUAUUUUCUGAUUCUUGAUGCCAUUAAAAUGUCUUAUUUUUGAACAUCACUUAAAAUCCCACUGUUUUCUCAGUAUUACUUUCUGCUCCACUUUAAGACAAAAUUUCUUGACUAUCGUAGACAUUCUUGUGAGAGUCACUCACAGGGGCUGGGUCAAUAACAAAAGUUAAAAUUCUUACUGUGCUGUUCUGUGAGGCGAGGAGGAAAACUUUGCUGCAAGUUGCCACCUCGGGCCCUCCCAGGUCAGUGGAUUGAAAUUACAGAGAGGCGUCAUUCAGGUUAACUCCACCAUGGACAGUCCCAAGCUCAGCUGCAAAAGGAGGAGGUUCGGGCAUGGGACUAACAACCUCAUCUCGUAAAAACCCGGAGCUACAGAAACACCAAAGACCUCAUCCCUGGGAGAGGAAGGGUCUUUGCCUAAGGCAAAGGACUCUGGUGAGCUGUAUAUGGUGUCUAUGCCCCAGUAGGGGUGAUGGGCUUAAGUGAGUCACUUAAGUUAGAUUUCAUUUUUCUCAAUAAUAAUUUGCCCAUCACCCCAAAUGAGGCAUAGGUCAGUGACAGUAGCUCACCAGAGUCCCCUGUCCUGGGCCAGUCUUUCAUUUUGUCUCAAAGUGUAGCCCAUCUCGGUGUAUUCCUCCUUUCCCAGGGAUGAGGCUUUGGCAUUUCUGUAGCACUAAAUGAGAAAUGAGGUUGCUAGUCCCAUGCUUAACCCUUCUCCUUUCACAACUAGGCUUGGGACUGUCCAUGGCUGAGUUUAUUAUAAUUCUCUGGGGCUUUAGUUUGGCUGGGACUUUCAGUACAGUUGCCUACAGCAGAUCUGAGCAAGUGACCUUUCCCAAGAUACUGUGGUGAAGUUGUUUACUAGAAAGAGGAAUUAGACUGCCAGCGUUCUGUGUGGUGUUUAGUAUCUUACAAUUUUUAGUUAAGCUUUUUUUCAAAGUAAUUUAUUUGAGAAUUUUAAGUAAUGGAGAACCGAUCAUAUUAAAAUAUGUGGAAGGUCUUGCACUAUGUGAAAUGCUGCUUAAACUCUUCCAUUGUCUCGUAUGAAAGAUGUUCAGUGUUGCUGCAUAAGGGUAUUUGUCCCCUUCAUUGACCACACCCACUAGUAAUUGUUUCGUUGAAGCUGGGAGAGUCCAUGUUAUUGAUUUGAAUGUGCAUAUUGUAUAUUAGAGAAAGCAAAUGCAGUGGAUUCUGGUUAAUUGUGACACAUUUUGGCCCAAUUAAGCGGCUGCCCCAAUUAACUGAGUAACAAAUUAUGUAUUUAAAUGAAAUACAGAACAAAUUAGAACACUAUUAAUACUACAGUCCUAUAAAACUAUUAUUUCUCGCCAAGUAUCAGUGACAAGAAUCACUGCUUCUUGAACACACACACACAACUGACACAGUUUAAAAACUGUUCACUCUGAACACAAUGUAGUGUCUAACAGCCGCACAAGUGCAUGUGACUGACGCUAGUAAGAAACUGUUCAGCAAUAGUCUCCUUUCCCAGUUGAGCAGAUUAGUGUCUCAGAUAAACAAAGGAAAUCCCAGCUAUUUUCUCGAUUAGUUUUUGUUCUUUAAGAGUUGUCCCAAAUAAGUGGCUGCCCUGGUUAACAGAUGGCCGAAUUGACUGGAAUCCACUGUACUCUUCUUCUGGACUUUCCUGUACCCUUGCAGCUGAGAAUUUGUGCUGUACCAGUGUUGGGAGAGAGAAUCUUUUCAAUUACGUGUUUAGUGAUGCCUGGACUGCUGGGUGAAUUUGGAAUGUUGGACUUGAGUUACCCACUCCAUUUUAAACCACAAGGGUCUGCAAUCACUGGCUAACUUUUACCUUUCAAAUCUGCAGCCACUGUAAACAAAUUCCAAAUAUCACCUGCCAUGAAAGCAGAGUUCUUUGUGUGUGGGGUUUGAGCAAAAUUGGCUGUUUGGUUUCCAUCCGUUGGAGAAGAGUGUGGAAGCCAGCUCUGUUCCGCCUUCAUAGCUGGGCAGUGUGAAAGGCUUUGACUUGCCAAUAGAGAUUGAAGGAGGUGCUCCCUUACAACCAAUGCCAUGACUGGUAUACUAUACCAGUCUCCCAAGAUAGACUCUGGCUGUAUUGAGAUAACUGUAUGGACCCAGGUCAUGAGUGACCGUAUCCUGUCUUGUUGCUGUAGAAGUAACUGUGCUGGUGAUGCAGUUCGAAAAUGCUUUCUGUGCACUUCCCUGUUUUGUCUGACAGGAUUAUUUUUGAGCUUUCUGUAAUGAUAUAUUUACCUAAUUGACUUUGUGUUUGCAUAUUUCCCUUUUCCCUUUACUUGCAGUCACCUCCAUUGUUUCUCCACUGCCAAUAGUUCAAGAGCUGUUCAGGAACUUGGAGUUGAAUUCAACAAUCUCCCUGUUUUAAAGUUCCAAGUUUAUUGUUAUCUGACUGUACACACAUACAACCAAACAAUGUUCCUCCAGACCACAGUGCACCCACAAAACAUACAUCACACACAGAACAAAAAUAUUGCCAUAUAUGUUAAUAAAACUCAAUGUAUGAAGUGUGUAGCACAGGAAACUACAAUAAACAUUGACAGCUAAUUUUACAAAUUAAUCAUACAAAUGUCAUUAACAGCUACACUUGUAUAGAACCUGAAAUAUGAAAAGAGGUUGUGUCUGUUGUGAACAAAACCCACAGCUCUUGAAGUUCAUGUUUACACAUAUGUAUACAACUGAACAAAAUAUCAUUCCUGUUGGGCCAAGGUGCAAAACGCAGUUACGUAUGGUCGCACACAGCACAGAUAGUUACAAUAAUUUACAAUAUAACUUUGAAUGAUAUUUUGUUAACUUAUUUAUGGUCAUAAUUUGGUUUAUGUGCUGCGUGUGGUAUAAUUUGUGGGUGCACCAUGGUUUGGAGGAACAUUGAACUUUUUAAGUGCGUGCUUCAGUUUUCUGUGCACUCAGACCAACAACUGACCAGUUCCACGAAUUCUCUGCUUUCACUUCCAGAAUCUGGAAUUGCUGCACAAUCUCAUCCUUUACCCCUUCAUCUUCACUCUCCAAUCCCACGGUUUUGUGCUUGUUACUGUUUCCUGUAAAUAUUGGCAGCCACUGCUCCUCUUCCUCAGCCCACCAUCCCUACUGGGAUGUAGACCACAAACAGCAGCUCACCAGAGUCCUCUGUCCUGGGCUAGUCUUUCAAAUGUAGGUGUAGCACAUCCAUACAGCAUCCAGGCAAAAACCCUUCCUCUCCCAGGGCUGAGAUCUUCGGAGCUUCUGUUGGCGUCUCUGUAGCGUUUACGGGAUGAAAUUGCAAGCCUGAUGCCCAAGCUUCCUUUUUUGCAGCCUCCAUGGCAGAGUUAAUCACAAUUCUCUGGGUCUAUAGUUUGACAUGGUUGCCCAUAGCAGAUCUGAGUUAGUAGCCUUUCCCGAGAGUUAUUCACUAGAACAAGGAAUUAGGCUGCCAGCUGAUAAGGAAAAAGGCAUUUGGGCAUGAGGCUAUCAACCCAUCCAUGGCAGUUUGUAAACAUUCAGUCCAUUAAAAAUAAUCUCUACCCUUUUGAAGUGGUUCUUUUAAUCCCAAAGAAGGGUGGAGACAGUUAAUAGACCCACACGUGUUCAGUGAUGUGUUUAUUUAUGAAUAAAGUCUAUAAAAGCAUACAAAGUAUGU